AUGUUGGACAUUGAUGUGCAAGAGCCAAUCCUCGACAAGGUCAAUGGGUGCCCUGAAGCUUGGAUGGAAAUGCGGGGUCCCAGCCAUCACAGUGUGCCACAAGAGCCUCAUGCCGAUGAUGAGCUGCUGCAAGAGCCACAUGGUGUGAAGUGGGGAUGUUCCAGGGGAAGGCUAUGGACCAGCACCAGCACAAAGCUGCAUUACUCACCUGAUGGAUAUGAUAAAAAGGCACUGUCGAUGCAGAUGCUUUGGUAUCGAAGCACAGAAAGAUGGGGAAUGUUGUGGACGUUGGGAGAUAGAUGGAGGUUGAUGAGAUUGAAAGAUAAGUGA